CAUCAUCCAUCGACCAUCCACACUCGUUUAGGGUCGGAAAUGAGCUAACUCAUGGGCUACUUUACUCCAACCAAACACUUUAAAAAGGUCAAAACAACAACGGAAACCUAACGAGGGAUGAAUUUCGAUUUUCUGUUAUCGUAGAUUCGUAGUAAAUUUCCGAUUCUCGCACAAAAUCAAUUACUACUUACUACCAGGCACUGCAUCAAGUUAAUUUCCCCCCUUUUUUCCUCCAAAGUUAUAAUACUAAUUUAUAGUAAUUGCGAACAAAUUCCAGCUUCAGGAAAAAAGCUUUAUUCAGUAUGCCAAGAUACAAGGAUGAACCUCCUGCAAUUCGUGUAUAUACAGUCUGCGAUGAAUCAAAGUACUUGAUUGUGAGGAAUGUACCAGCACUAGGGUGUGGUGAUGAACUAAGACAAUUGUUUGCAACAUAUGGAGAAGUUGAAGAGUGUAAACCUAUGGAUGCAGAAGAGUGUGAGGCAUUUACUGAUGUCUAUUGGAUCAAAUUCCAGCUAAUCAGCAAUGCAAGGUUCGCAAAAAGAAAAUUAGAUGAGUCUGUUUUCCUUGGGAAUCGGCUGCAGGUGUCGUAUGCUACUGAAUAUGAGAGUCUGUCUGAUACAAAAGAGAAGUUAGAAGGCAGGAGAAAGGAGGUUCUGGCACGAUUGAAGCCUGGAAGAUCCAGUGGUCAUGAAUUGCAAUGUAAAGGUGCUAGUAAUCAUCCAUUAUCACUUGGAGCUCCAUCACAUGUUUAUCAGCAAUUGGACAUUAAGCAAGGAUGGUACACCAAAGAAAUGAACCAAAUUUCUAAAGUACACCAUUCGUCAACGACCAGGGUGUCCUCUGAUCAGGAUUACUUCCCAUCCCAUUCAAUGAAUGAAACGGUUAAAAGAGUGAGAGAGAAGCUAGAUAAGAUAGAAUCAAGUUCUUCAAAUGUGCAAUCUGGCCCUGCUUUAAAGAAAACACGAGUUGAUAAUAGGAGAAGGAUAUGAGACUGCUGUCUUCAUACUGGUGCAAGCUGGGAUUGUUUGGUCUUUACUCCUGUAAAUAAGAGACACAAUCCUCUUGUAUGCUCAAGAGGCUACUUUUACUGCGUCGUAAAUGUUUGAUUUCUGCAUGUAAUGGGGCAAUUCCGCACCAAUGAAAUGAAAUUGUUAGUUGUAGAUGAAGUUCUCUGAUGAGAGUUGUAUUACAUUGUUAGUUUUUGUAAGAAAACUUUUCCAUCUUGUCAAUUCAAGAAAUAUAACAUGGUCUUUAUAAUAAA